AUGUUGUGGAUCCUAUUUCUGUUCCCUACAGUAGUCUCAGACUCGGUGACAGUUGAGGGAAAUCUACAUUGUAAUGCAGUUUACACUCAUGGACAUGUGAAUCUUGUUGGGAAGGGGAUUUGUGAGUUUGCUGAAAUUUGGGCGGAACAAAUAUAGGUUAAAAAUAUUUAGCAAAAAACCGUGCCAGACUUGCUGAAAAGUGGGCAAAUUUAGGUUCAAAAUUAUCAGAAAAUGUUUUGCAGUCGGUCGCGAAGUCAGCGUCACCGAUCAAAAACCGGAUUCAUCGGGAACCUUCAAAAUUUCGCUCACAAAUCUAUCGCAAAUCUGGAGGGAUGAGGUGAAACUCGAAGUGGUCCACGAUUGUGAUGCUCCAGCGGGUUUUGUCAGAAAAACUGUUUUCCAAGUGCCAAAAAUGUAUGUGAAAAAUGUUUAUGAGAUGGGCAAGAUUUAUUUGCAUCAGUCGAGAUUCAAUGAUUAUUUGAUGACGUUGGAGGGUUUUAAAAAUCAGAAUGAAGUUUGGACUUUGCUUUGA